AUGGUUCUCGCUAGGGCACUCAGUUCUGUGUGCACAACAGCAUGGGACUUGAUUAUGGAUUGGGGUUUGCUGGAUCGCAAUUCCAAGGAAAAUCCGCUAUUGCGAGAGGAAUUGGUGUAUCGAUUUCGUGCCUACUACUAUGGCGCUAUAAUUGAAGAUGUCAUUAUCCGGUUCGCUUGGAUUCUGCCUCUCGUGUUUCGCAAUUUCCCACAACUUGUUGACACGGAGAUUGUGCUCUCGGUGGUUAUGUUUGCUGAAGUUACCAGGUUAGUUUACUUCCAUUUAAACGGCAUUGAAUAA